AUGAACCAAAACCCUUGCCGCAGCAGCUAUAAAUUAUGGCCAAAUGCAUUAAUAAUAAAACUCAUUCUUCUUUUGUUUACCUCUUCAAAAGUCGGAAACAUGUUAGCGGGUAGUUUCCUCGUAAAACUAUUUGCACUUACCGCAAUAUUGGGUGCACAAGCAGAGGGAGUCCCUCCUACAACCAUUCAAUAUAAUGUGAUCAAGGUGUUGAGCGAGACUGAUAGAAUGGGUGUAAUUGUUGAUAACAUUACCUAUGUUUUAAGGCCAAACGUAGAUUCGCCAAUUAUCCAUUCGGGGGAGGCACCUGUAGCUGCGUUAGGAUACCAUUAUAUUGAAUUUGACCAAAACAAUAACACAAGAGCAGAACCUUUCUUACGUAGCCCGUCUCAAGAGAACACUGCCUACGAAUUUUACAAUCGCACACAAAACACUUACCCUAUUGCUGAAUUGCCAGUACUGUAUGCGCCUUUGAAUACCAUCAAUAAAGUUAAGUCAGACUUACACCCGGAAAACCAAAUUACUACCAUUCACAUUCAGGGUGAUAAUGCAGAGUUACACAAACUACAUAAAAGUAAUAUGACUGAAGAUUUUGGCGUACAUACCAACGUAACUUUUAUCACCCUCAAUCACAUUCAAAAGUUCGAAAAAGUGGAAUUGUCCCUAUCAGGAAGAAGCUCUCGAUGGAUGCCUAAAUUCUCUUAUGGUAUCAAAUUAGCCAAAAAGGAUAGAUUCCACAAUUACAGACGUCUUAAGCUUAGAUCAUUAGCAUCCGACCCCUCUUAUCUUCGUGAAAAGAUCUCAUAUGACAUGAUUCAAUCUACAGGUAUAUUGUCAUCUGGCUUCAGCUAUGCACGAGUCAUUAUGAACGGUCAACAAUUGGGGCUGUAUGGUCUGGUGGAAACGUUCAAAGACCCUUGGAUUGCUAACUCAUUUGAAGGUGGUGAUACAGAACGUAAUUUUGGUAACUUAUACCAAGCUACUUACAGUUCUCCUGCAUCUUCGGCUCUCAAUAUCACGUCUGAUCUUAGUUAUUAUGAAAAUAUCACUCAUUAUCAACUUGGACAAUACACAUUAAAGGAAGGCAGCCUCAGCAAACACGAAGAAUCAAAUUUCAAACCAUUACAAGAUUUUACAAAGUUUAUUGCUGAAACAGGCUCUUCAUCAAAUGAUCUCACUGUAAUUCGUAAUGCCGAUAACCACAACACAGCACCUAUGGCAACAGUAUCGCCACCUACAGUAAAAGAGACUGAAACAGUCAAAGAGUGGCGAAAGCAUUUAAACACUGAUUCUUUUCUUCGUUCCAUGGCUCUUGAGAUUCUUCUUGCGUGGGCAGAUGGAUACUUGACCAUGGCAGACAAUUAUUAUCUUUAUCAAAACCCUAAGGAGAAUAACGCCUUUUUUUAUAUUCCCACCGAUUUCGAUAUGACUAUGGGCAACACUUUGUUCAACAUAAGCAUGCAGUAUAGUGGCAAUUAUCAUACCGUUCCUAACGCUCUUACCCGUCCUUUAUUCAGAAAGAUUUUGGAAGUACCUGAAUUUAAGCAGCAGUUUGAAAACUAUGUCAAAGACAUAGCAAAGAAUCUGGUCAACCCAGCUAUUCUGAACAUACGCAUAGAUGAUAUUGCUAGCAUGAUACAGAAUGACGUGGAUUGGGAUCAAAACGAAUGCACUCAUAUCGGCAGUAAUGUGUUUACAGACAUGGGCUAUAAAUUAGAUGGCAUUCCUUUUGAAGACAUAAAGAAUCAUCCUGAGAAAUUAGAUUUCCCAGGAGCUCAAGAACUAGGGUCUGGAUUGCCUCCGGCUAUUGAUCUUGCUUCCAUGAUUGAUAUGAUGAAGCGGUUUAACCAGUCUAUUUCUUUUCAUAAAGCUGUUAAUGGUCCUAUCGAAGGACAUCCUUCAUUGGUAGGCGUCAAGGAAUUUAUAAAGCACUCCAGUGACAAUACUUUAUAUUAUUUGGAGAAAAAAUAA